AUGGGAAAAAAAGUUUACAAAUGUGAUGUUAGAGACUGCGAGAAGCUUUUCUCUAGCAAGUUCUCAUUAAAGCGUCACUAUCUCAGGCAUAUUAAUUCUAAGAAGCAUAUAUGCAAGUUCUGUUAAAAAGCAUUCUCAUUGCCGCAGUAUUUGGAAGAGCAUGAAUAUACUCAUACAGGUGCUAAACCAUUUGUAUGUGAUAUAAAUAAUUGUGCAGAGACUUUCAGACAAAGAGGUAAACUUUCCAUUCACAGGAAAAAUGCUCAUCCUAACAGAAAUGCUGAUGAUAUUCAAAAUAACCCUAGCGUUCAAAUGAGCAAUAGGCUGAUUCAAAGAAUUGAGAGAUUGGAGGAAGAAGAAAAAUUCGGUGGUGCCUACAAUUAAUAGAUUAAUGGGAUUACUAUGAAUAUGGAUCCCUAUAUGAUGAAUCAAUCAGUAAAUAACACAAAAUAGACAAUAAAUCCUUAAUAGUAAAGUUAGUAUUUGUCAAAAGAUGUUUUCCUUCUACCUGACCUUUAGACUCAAUAGCAAUUAUAUGACAACCAAUCUUAUUAAAAUGUCUAGCCAAUACCUUAAUAUAUAGCUUAAGAAUAAAUUUUGACCAGUGCUGGCCCUGAAAUUCUAGAUUCUUAAUAAAUGCAUCACCCACAUUUUUUGAAAUAAAAUCCAAUGGGGGAAAUGAUGAUCAUUCCAGGCAGCAGCCAGCACAAACAUGGACUAGAGAUGGGCAGAGGCAUGAUAGGAGUCAAUGUUGAGUCCCACAUGGGUGUACCUAGGACUCAGCCUGGCACUAAUUUCCAAUAAAUUCAACCUUAAUAACAGUAGUAAUUUAGUAUGUAGUAGCAAUAGCAGUCAGCCUAGGAGUUAGGUGUGAUUCUCGAAUCAGUAGACCCUUAAUAAAUAUAAAAUUAACAACAGCAACAGCAAUAAUAAUAGUAACAAUAAUCAACAUAACUUUAAUAAUAAUCACAUCAGUAAUAGUAGUACAUUUCUUUUUAAUCUAAUCAGAAUUGA